CAAGGGCCCCGGAAUUGUCCAAGGACCAUGGGGAGAAGAUGACCCUAGCCAAUGGGAAGACCACAAUAUCCCUAGAAAGGUCCACGGAAGAUGCGGGGAAGACCACAGGAGCCCUCGAAGGGUCUAAUGACCGUGGACAGAAGACCACCAUAGCCAACAGGAAGAUCACAAGAACCCCAGAAGGGUCCACAGAAGAUGUGGAAAAGACCACAGGAGCCCUGGAAGGGUCCAAGGACCAUGGACAGAAGCCUACCUUAGCCAACGGGAAGACCACAAGAGCCCCAGAAGGGUCCACGGAUGAUGCGGCGAAGACCACAGAAGCCCUGGAAGGGUCCAAGGACCAUGGACAGAAGACUACCUUAGCCAACAGGAAGACCACAGGAGCCCUGGAUGGGUCCAAGGACCAUGCGGAGAAGAACACCCUAGCCAAUGGGAAGACCACAAGAGCACCAGAAACUUCCAUGAAAGAUGCGGGGAAGACCACAGGAGCCCUAGAAGGGUCCAAGGACCAUGUGCAGAAGAUCACCCAAGCCAAUGAGAGGAUUACAAGAACUCCAGCCAAAUCUACAAAACGUGACCAAUCUGUCACUAAUACUUCUCCUGGUUCAAAUAAAAAGGAUAUUACCCAUGAGGUGCCCAUCGGUUCUUUUACACUCACCACAUCUCACAUGGAGCUUAGUUUCACCAUAUCAGAGACCCUGGGCAACAAAAGCCAUCCAUAUCAAAACAAAGAUGGCUCACACAGAGGUCUUCAUACUGGUGGAAUGAGCGAGAAUGAUUCAUUCCCUGCAUGGGCUAUAGUUAUUGUGGUCCUGGUGGCUGUAAUUCUCUUCCUCGUGUUCCUUGGCCUUAUCUUUUUGGUCUCCUAUAUGAUAAAAACACGGCGUGCACUGAUACAGAACAAGGAGGACAGUGACCCAGAGAAUGAUGGGGGCCCUAAUUCCUAUCCAGUCUACCUGAUGGAGCAGCAGACUCUCGGCACAGGCCAGAUCACUUCCCCAUGGUGAUUCUUUAGAAAGUGCCCAACUCUUCCAUGCCCUUCCUAAGAUGAGGAAUUAGACUCACAAUUCAUAUUUCCUGGACUCCAGGAAGGGCAAAGUACUGGCAGUUAACAGCAUUAACCCUUCAUCUGCGGUAUUCUUAUUGAAACUGGUCUAAAGAUGAGAUAAGCAAGAAGGAUGUGAGUCUGGCAGAUAUAAAAGAAAGAAUGAAUAAUAUGAGCAUGUGUUCUCUGUAGAAGAUGAUGGUUUCAAAAUGAAAGGAUGUUUGAUGGACAUAUGGGGUGGGCACAAAUACCGGACACAUACUGAGUCUUGGGAGGAGCAGCCUGGCUAAGGGAAGUUUGGGGGCCUUAGAAGGCAAUGUCCCAGAUCUGACUG